AUACUUACCGUUUUCUGCUACAUUAUCUGACACAGUUGCCGCUCACGAAAUAUCCCAUCUUCUUGCCAGCCCCCACCUUCUUAUCCACACAAAGAUCCAAUCCUAGGACUCGAUUCUCUUUUUCGCCAUUCUCAAACAGCGGAAAAUCUAUCGAAAUAUACAAUUUUCCCACAGCAGACAUUUGAUGUAUGGAAAUACGUAUCAAGCGAUAUCUUUAGGACGAAGGGUAUUCCACACGAUUCAGCCGGAGGAUACUAAAGCUGUUUAUGGGUCGAAGUGCCAGGAUUGGGGCGUUGAUAGAUUAAAAGCAAUGCAGCCUUUCUGUGGUCAUGGGCUCUUGACGGUGGAUGAUGAAGGGGAAUAGAAAAGGUUCAAAGAAGGGAUUAUGGUGCCUUCAUUCUCCGAACCUAGUGAUGCGGAGAUGAUGUUAAUUGGGAAAGGGUUAGAAGAGUUAUUAAGUAAUUUGCCAGGAGUAGGAGAGACUGUGGAUACGAGUUUGUUGUUAGAUAAACUUGUGAGUGUGUUCGCUUCAUUUAGCAUUAAUUAAUUGUUGAGUAAGUACUGAUUCGCUGUAUUGAAUUCAUAGUGUUUUGAAAUGUCCUAUCAGUGGGCUUUUGGUGAUUGCUCGAAUGUAGUAUCAGAGAAAGGAUCGCUAGAUUCCGGUGAUGAUACCGGAACAGUCCACGCUGCGUUUCAUUCCUCUCAGGCGUGGGUUGGCCCACGCAUAAUUUUCGGAGCCAUAGCUCGUCUUAUUCCACACAAGAAGUGGGAAACGACUAACCAUAUCGUGCAUGAUUUUGUAGAACGUCGCAUUGAUGUUGCAAUGAAGGAAGUCUCACAGAGCCAAACACGAGAGGGAAACGAGCAUUCCACCAAGCCGGCGAGUUUGGUUGAAUCACUGGUAAAGCAAACAAGCAACCGGUAUGAAAUUCGUUCUCUGGUCUUACAAGGCUUGUUGGUUAUCCAAGACACGACGGCAAUAACUCUAAGCAACGUACUUUUCCAUCUAUCCAGAAAUCCGUCCGUGUGGAAGCAUCUCAGAAGCGAAAAUUUAAAUUCAAAAGAUUCAUUGACUCCAAGUCAUCUGAGACGGAAUUUACCUCUCCAGAAUAUUAUCAAAGAAAGUAUGAGAACCAGACGGUACCCAAGCACACGCAGACUACUUCCUACACUGGUCCUCUUUCACUGUCACCUGUCUCCAAGCGUGCCCAACUAAGAUCAUGUCUGAAGCUAUCAACGCCUUGGCGCUUGCCUUCCCCAACACACAGCUCUUUGUGCGAAACACAACAGAGUUUGAUCAAUUAAAUGGUUCAUACCUCUCAGCAUUGGAAAGCGACAUCACACCGGCCUGUAUCUUUCUACCCAAGACCAAACAAGAGCUUUGAUUUGUCAGCCAGUCAAAAUAAACUCGACUCAAAGUUCCUGGCCAGCCUCA